ACUAUAUACAAGUAGCCGUUACACUAUUUGAGCAUUGAUUGCUUCAAUAUAUCCAAUUUGAUUUCAAGAAUCUCUCAAGAUUUAUUUCUACUCUCUCAUCUACUACUAACCCACUUCUCCACAGCUUACAAUCACAACAUAGAUACACAACACAUUGAUCAACAUGGCAGGACCCAGAUCUUCAUCUCCAGUGUUAACAAGACCAACAACAAACCCUAAUCUUAGAGCUUCUGAGACCAAUUCUUCAAUCAGGAGGAGCUUCACAGGCAACCCUUUUGCCAGGCCUUCAGUUCAUACAAGUCCCAGAAGUUUUGUUCCCAACACACCUGCAAAUAGCCCUGCAGAGUUUGGACGAAAACUUCCGGUGGGUAAAGAAGGUUCUUUCAGGGGUUUUGAAGAAAAAGAGAAUGAAAAAUUGCACAGCUUGAAAGCCAUAAAAUGCAAAUCGCCAUUGAAAGCUAGCAAAAACUUCAUGUCGCCCACAAUAUCCGCAGCUUCAAAGUUCACUCCAUCACCAAGAAAGAAGAUACUAGGGGAGAGGAAUGAACCAAUUCGAACAUCAAUCUCAUUCUCUGAUGGUCAAGAGUCUUCAGUUUCUGACAUUGAUACAAAAUCAGAAUCAGGCUUCAACCAGAACACCACUGAUGUUUCAAGUGAAUUUACUGGUUUCAAUAAGAAAGAGGUGCUCAAAGCUUCAAAAAGAGUAACGUUUUCUGAUGAAGUAAUCCCAAUUGCCCACCAUGAGUCCAGUCCCUACAACAAUUCUUAUUCAACCUCCAUGUCUCCUGUGGUAGCACCAUAUGAAGUUUCUGAAACACCAAAUAAAGCCGACAAUCAAUCAGAUUAUGAUUCUGCCGACAAUCAAUCAGAUUAUGAUUCUGUAAUUCUUGAUUCCAGUUUGGAUCCCAAACCCUUUUCUUCUCCUGCGAUAGCACCUCUAGAUGCUGACCCAUCGUUUCCACCUUAUGAUCCAAAGACUAACUACCUAUCACCAAGGCCUCAGUUUCUUCGUUAUAAACCCCACCGCCGGAUGGAAGUUUAUCUAAGCAAAGAAGGUCUUCACUUUGAAGAAAGUAAGGAGUUUGAGGACACUGAUGUCACUGAGGAAACUGACUCUGGAGAUUCGCAGAAAGAGUCUGAGGAUGGGUCGACAACUGAGACAUUACCAUCUGAAGAAGAAGAAGCCUCUUUACUUUCUGAACCAACCCCUGCUGGUACUCCCAUAAGUGACCAGAUGCUUAAACAUAUUGUUGAAGCUAAACCAGAUUCCUUUACAAUUUCAAAAUCAGAAGAAGAAGAACUCCUGCUAUCUGAACCAAUUUUCGCAGGUUCUCCCAUAAGCACCCAAAUGCUUAAACCAGGCCCCGUUGCAAAAUUAAAAUCUGAAGAAGAGGAAGCCCUCCUUCUUUCUGAACCAACCCCGUCUGGUACUCCCGUAAGCACCCAAAUGCUUAAACAAAUAUCUGAAGCUCAGAGAGCACCUAAACAAGGCUUCUUCACAAGAUCAAAAUGCAUUUCUCUGCUUUUGGUACUCUUGAUUGGUUUUGUGUCUAUUUCUGUCACGGAUGUUUCCAUCACUAGUUCGCCUGUUAUCAAGGAUUUAAGCUUUUAUAAGCUUUACGAAUCAUCUGAAGUUGCUGCGUUAGCAAGAAAUAAGAUUGAUAAGCUGGCAGAUAAUUUGCAACACUGGUAUGAUACAUCUGAAAUUGCUGUACAUGCGAGAGAAAAUUUUGAUGGGUUACUAAAACAGUACCAGCAAUGGUAUGAAUCAUUUGAUGUUGCUAUAUAUGCAAGCAAAUAUUCGCAUGCCUUUGCUAGAGAUUUCAAGCAAUAUUCAUCCCAAACUAUCUCUUACCUUUCUAAGCUAAUUCCUCGUCUUGGUGAAGUAGAUAAACCUAUUUCUGGACAAUUCUGCAAUCUCACUGAUUCACAAGAACACUCCGGAGGAGUUGGGUACUUCGACGUCAAUCAUCAGAAGAUAGCUGAAAUUCAUGAUGACUAUGAGUUGACGCCUAUGGUGACGGAAGAAGCAGGGGGGGAUUAUCUGGAAGAAAAGGCUCAGUCAGCCAAUGUUUUCAAUGAGCAAAACGAGGAGUCAGAAAUACAAGAAAUGAUUCAAGCUGAAAAGAAUCAUUUUGAUAUUGCAGAAGAGGUUUUGGACCCAGAACAAAUCGAUGCAGAAGUGCAAAGCAACACAGUGAGUAAAGAUCCAUUAGCAGAUGUGAAUGAGCACAAUGAGGAGGAAUCAAAAAUACCAAAAAUGGUUCAAGCUGAAAGCUACACCGAAGAGGUUUUGGGCCAGGAACAAUUUGAUACAGAACUGCAAAGCAACAUAGUGAGUGAAGAUCAAUCAAUUUUAGAUUCAGCGGCUUCUGAAGCUAAAUCAGAAGUGAUCACUCCUGUGAAAUUUAUUUAUGAAACCAAAUCCAGUAAUGAUGCAAGCACUCAGAGCAAGCCUGAGGUGGUCUCACAAAUGGGAUAUCAGUUCGAUAAUGAUGCAGGCACUGAGAGCAAGCCUGCAGUUGUCUCCGAAAUGGAAUAUCAGACCGAUACUGAUGCAAGAAGCACUUCUGAAACUGCAUACGAGGUCGACCAGGUGAUAUCAGAAGUUAUUGAAAAUAAACCAUCUGCCCAUGCUAUAUUGGGGAUCUCCUUUCUUGUAAUUUCUGUGGUGGUAGCUUCAGCUUUUACCUUCCUUAAAUGGAAAAACACCACUGCGGUGAAUGGCGUGGUUCAUGGUGAACCAAAACAGACUAAGGAUAUGAAUUUAAGCAAAAACCCGUCACAUGAAGACAGGGACCUGCAAAACUCUCCAACAAAUUAUGAUAUGUCUGGGGAGUCAUGUCCAUCUGAGAUGAGCAGUUUUCAGAAUACCUCAUCAUAUAGUAAGGGCCCAUCGAAAAGAAUGCACAAAGCUCAGAGCCAAGAGAGGAAGUCCAGAGCAAACACCAAACGAGAGUCCUUGGCAUCUUCAUCAGAGUUCUCGACAGGUUCCCCUUCUUACGGAAGCUUCACAACUUACGAGAGGAUUCCCCUAAAACAUGCCUACGGUGAAGAAGAAAUAGUCACUCCAGUGAGGCGGUCAAGCAGGAUCAGGAGCCAAAUUACUUCUCCAUAACAAAUGACAAAGUUGGAAAGGCAUUAGCAUUGACUGUUAGCUGCACAUCUCUUAUGUGGUUUGAACUGCCUUAGUUGGAUUGAUUGAAUGUAGUAGUAGUAGUGAUUUAUUGUUUCUUGUUUCGUUGUUAUCAGAGUACUCCGCUUCCUAACUGUUGUCCACAUUUCUAAUGUGAUUGAUUUAACUUUUUUAUAGUGAUUUCGAGUUUCCUUAGAAUA